AUGGGACGACUCGUUCGCAUCGAUCUGGAGAAUUUCAAGUCCUACAGGGGCAAGCAGACCAUCGGUCCGUUCAGCAGCUUCACGUCUGUGAUCGGACCCAACGGAGCUGGCAAGUCCAAUCUGAUGGACGCCAUCUCGUUUGUUCUCGGCAUCAAGUCGCAACAGCUGCGCUCGCAACAGCUCCGCGAGCUCAUCUACACCAGAGGCCCCGAGGAGCACGAAGACGACGAGGGCCGCAGUGGCGAUGACGAGGACAGCGAUGAAGUGGAAAAUGUCCGUCCCAAGACAGCAUCGGUGACAGCUGUCUAUCGACAGGAUGACGGCACCGAGGUCACCUUUUCCCGCAGUAUUUCAUCGUCAGGCAGUCAGUAUCGGAUCAACAACCGUGUCGUCAGCGUCGAUGUAUAUCUCAAGACCCUGGAGCUGGAAAAUAUCCUGGUCAAGGCUCGCAACUUUCUCGUUUUCCAGGGAGACAUUGAAGCGAUUGCUUCGCAGUCGUCCAAGGACCUGACCCGGCUCAUUGAGCAGAUCAGCGGAUCCCUCGAGUUCAAGAAAGAGUACGAGGAGCUCAAGGCAGUUCAGGAGCGAGCGACCGAGAAUUCGACGCAAAACUUCAACAAGAAGCGCGGCGUGACUGCAGAGAUGAAACAGUUCCGUGAGCAGAAAGACGAGGCAGAGAAAUACGAGCGACUCCAGAGCCAAAGGGCCAAGCUGCUCACCACUCACUUCCUCUGGAAGCUCUUUCAUCUGGAAGGCAAAGUCACCCAGAUGGAGCAAGUAAUCGGCGAGGAGCAGGCCAAGACAGGCGACUUUAACGAAACACAGGAUCGCCUCGAGCGUGCCUUUAAGGAUGCCAAGAAGAAGCAGGCCAAGGUCAAUGCGGAGCUACUCAAAUGCGAAAAGAUUGUCAAGGACAAGACUCGACAGAUCGACAGCAAGAAACCCCAGCUGCUCAAGAUUGACGAGAGAAUCCUGCAUAUCCGCGGCAAACUGGCCAACACCCGCGAGAAUCUCAGCAAGACCGAGGGCAAUCUAUCCAAGCAGGCAAGUGGCGCUGUGCCUUGUAUCAUCACGAUCGCUCUUUUAGACACAGCUUACACGGCUGCAGCGUGUUCUGCUUCAUCCGAAAAGGGGAAAGCGCUGAAGAUCAGCGAGCGCGCACAAGCAGAAUAUCGAGAAAAACGCAACGAAGCCGACGCCAAGACCGCUGCAGAGAAGCAGCAACUCAACUCUCUCAAGCGCCAGCAAAAGUCACUGACCGAGUCGAUCAAGCGCACUCAAGACAAGCUUGAUUCAGCCAAGGCUCGGCACCAGCAGCUUCUCGAGGAAAAAGAAAAGUUCCAAGAACGGCAGCGCGACCUGCAAGAUAAUCUAGUGACCCAGACGCGGGAACUGGAGCAAACCCGCCGGGACUAUGAGUUCUCCCAAUCGGAGCGCCGGCGGUUGUGGCAACUCGAAAACGAGCUGAAUGAAAAGAUGGCUGACACCAUGCAGAAGCUCAUGGACGCAAGAACCGAUCAGCGCGAGAACGAGCGUGAGCGCAAGUUCAAGCAGAGCCUCGAGGGCAUGAGGCAGCUGUUUCCAGGCGUGCAUGGACGAGUCGUUGACUUGUGCAAGCCAACACAGCGAAAGUACGACGUUGCCGCUUCGAUUAUAUUGGGGCGCAACAUCGACGCCGUCAUCGUGGACGACGAAAAGACGGCGAUCGAGUGCAUCAAGUAUCUAAAAGACCAGCGCGCUGGCCAGGGUACAUUCUUGCCACUCGACGGGAUCGUUGCCAAGCCCAUCAAUGAAAAGUAUCGGUCAUUCGCAAAGGGGGCGCGAUUGGCAAUCGAUAUUAUCCAGUUCGAUCCGCAGUACGAGCGAGUGUUCCGCUACGUUUGUGGAAGCGGACUGGUUUGCGACACCCUCGAGGUGGCGCGAUCGAUCUGUUACGACAAGAAUGAGGAUGUGAAAGCCGUCACCCUCGACGGAACCGUGAUCCACAAGAGCGGAUUGAUUACCGGCGGUCAGAGCGGUGUUACGAAGGACGCUCGGCGCUGGGAAGAGCGCGAGCUUGAUAAUCUCCGCAAAGUCAAGGACUCGCUGGCGAAUCAGCUCGCCGAAGUACAGCAGAGUCGCCGCAAAGCCGGAUAUGACGAGCAAAUGAAGCAUGCAAUCUUUAUGCUGGAAAACAAGCUCAAGUUUACAACCAGCGAUCUGGAGGCCACGGAGCGCAAACUGGAAGCAGUCCAGAAGGAAAUCAAGUUCUGCGCGGACCAGAUGCGCGAGCUGCGCAGUGAAAGCGCCGAGACAGACGCUGGCCUUGAGAGUAUCAACGAGCAGAUCGAGUCGGCCGAGGCGGCGAUCGCCAAAGUGGAAGCCACGAUCUUUGCAGACUUUUGUCGGCGCAUUGGAGUCCAUAGUGUGCGCGAAUACGAGGACAAGCUCCUGAGCAGCCAGGAGGAGGUCUCGCAGAAACGAUUGCAGUUUACGACUCAGAAAGCUAAGCUCGAGGGAGAAAUCUCGUUCAACCAGCAGCUCUGCCAGGAGGUUCAGACCCGCCUCGAGCGCAUCCAGACAGCCAUCUCAAAAGAUGAAAGCUUACUGGCUGAGCUGGAAGAGGAGAAGGAGAGCUAUGCCAAGGAAGCCGAGGCGCUCAACGAGUCGCUCGCGCAAUCGCAAGCUGAGUUGUUGCAGCUCAAAGAGAGCCUCGAUGGCCACCGCGAUGCAGUCAAUGACGUCAAGAAGGAACUGCAGAGUCUGAUCAAACGGGCCGAGGACAGCUCCACGGCGAUCACCCACGCGGAGACCGAGAUUGAAAAGUUCAACGAAGAGCGGUUUGCGCUGCUACGCAAAGCCAAGCUGGAGGAGAUUCCGCUGCCGCUCGUUGGUCGAAAACUGGAAGCUAUCCCCCUGAACGAGCUUGAGCGGAGCCACGGAUUGGGCGAGGACCAGAUGGACGUCGAUGAACCAUCGGGUCCUUCGAGCUCGACGGUUCAGCUCAGCAACAUCCAGAUCGACUACCGCUCACUCAAGGCAGAUUAUCGCGAGAACGGCAGCAGCGAGCUUGAUGUCGAGCUUGAGGAGAACAUCAAGGGCCUCGCGGCAGAGAUUGAGCGCCUGGCACCCAACAUGAAGGCAGUUGAGAGGCUGGAUGAUGUCGAGGAGCGAUACCGCAACACGGCAAGGGAAUUUGAGCAGUCGCGACGAGAAGCCAAGUCGGCCAAGGAUAGGUUCAACACGAUCAAGCAAGAAAGAUACGAGCGGUUUUACAAGGCGUAUCUUCACAUCUCGGAGAACAUUGGGCGGAUCUACGAAGAGCUCACAUCCUCGCCAGGAUUCCCGGGUGGUGUUGCCCAGCUGAACCUCGACGACAGCGACGAGCCCUUUACGGACUCGGUGCGAUAUCAUGCGGUCCCUCCGAUGAAAGGAUUCCGAGACAUGGAGCAGCUCUCUGGCGGCGAGAAAACCGUGGCGGCUCUGGCGCUGCUGUUUGCGAUCCACAGCUAUCGACCGGCGCCUUUCUUUGUGCUCGAUGAGGUUGAUGCUGCCCUCGACAACACCAACGUUGCACGCAUCUCAAGAUACAUUCAGAAGCAGGCACACAAAGACGAAAGCGGCGUUCAGUUCAUCGUGAUCUCUCUCAAGAACACGCUGUACGAAAAGGCGGAUGCCCUGGUUGGGAUCUACAAGGACCAGGCCGAACAGACGAGCCAAGUGCUGACAUUGGAUCUCGAAUCCCGGUUCGGCACAGGGCAGACACCGCUGGAGCAAUGA